GUUGCUGAAAAGUUUGACUCAUGGAGAAAAUCAAUCAUUGCAAAAAAGACAGUAACACUGAAAAACAACACUAUUGACGGCACUAGAGGAAUAAAUGACACGAUAUCCAGAGGUAUUAAAAAAGCAAAUACAGAGAAGAAACAGAAACAUGAAAAGCAAAAACGAAAGUCUUCAUCUCAACGAAAGAAGAGAACUGACAUGACGGAAGAGGACAAAAAGAGGAUCAAACAGGGGAAGGAACUGAACAGCCUUUUUGCAGACGUUGAUUCCAAUUGGAAAUUCAACCCUAAGUCAUUAGCUGACUUCCGGAAGCAGCUGGCAAUCUUGCACACUGCGGCGAACUUCACCUUGACGAAACAGAACGCGCCGCUCAAUUCAUGGAUCACGUACGCCACCUUGCGAGGCACACGUGAAGUGACGACAGAACUACACCGCAAAUUACCUGAGAAGCCGCCAGAGUUCCAGACGGGACGGUUCAGGAACUGCAGUGUUGUCGGAAGUAGCGGCAUCCUGACCGGAAGUGGGUGUGGAACUCAGAUAGACUCCACGGAGUUUGUAAUCAGGUUUAACCUCCCACCCUUGGAGGAGGGCUAUAUCCCGGAUGUAGGGUGUAAGGUUGAUCUGGUGACCUGUAACCGUUACCGGCUGAAGAUGCAAUUCGAAUACCUCGUGAGUGAAGCCAACAAGAAAAAGUUCAUCGACUUUCUGAGCAGCAACUAUCCCAAACUGUCGUACAUCUGGCUGUUUCCGUUCUCCUUUCCGGGAAAGACGGUUGAUAACGUCACGCACGUUGUUGACGUAUUGAGAGAGCACAACUCAUCUGUUCAGGCCGUGUUCAGCAACCCGAGACACAUGUUCGACAGCAAGGUCUUCUGGGAACACCAGGGGGUGAACGAAAGCACUCUGACGUCAGGGAUGAACCUGAUCACUUUGGCCUUGGACGUGUGUGAAGAGCUUCACGUUUACGGCUUCUGGCCCUGGUUGGUCAACAGGAGAGGUCAAGAGGUCAACUAUCACUACGGGGAUGCCGGGAAAUCUGUAGCGGGGCUUCUCCAACCUAACCACAACAUGCCUGAUGAAUUCUCCAGGCUGCUACAGCUCUAUAAACAUGGCGUCCUGAGACUGGUUACCACUACAUGCUGAUUUAUCUCUUUUAAGGAGUCCAAUGCAAUCUCAGGGAAAAACGUAUUCAGGUUAAGGGAAUCUGUCAGAUAUUGACAUUUA